CAGCAGCAGCAUGGCGUCGUCUGCUGGGGAGCGGCUUUCUGUCCUGCAGCGGCACCUGUCCUGCCCUGGGCGUGAGGGACCCAGGCGUGGCACCGCGGGACACUGGCAGCCCGCAGCCGCCUCGUCCCCGUCCCCGAAGGACACCGCAGGCGCCCCCUCGCUGCCCCGGAGGAGGCAGGAGGUGCUCAAGUGGAAUGGCUGGGGGUACAAGGAUUCCAAGUUUGUGGUGCAUAAGGAGGAUGGCUACCAUGUCUCCUUCACCGGGAACAGGUACAAGAUCGGCAACAUGGUUCUCCCGCACUUUGCUAGUUGGGUGAAAGAGACCCUUGGUGUGGACUUCGAGGACUGCCAGCCACCACAGCCUCCGCCACAGCCACACCAGAUCCCCCAGCCCAUCCUGCACCCGGGGCUGCUGGAGGAGGUGCGAGCCCUGGGCCUGAGUCACAGCCUGGAAGGGGAGGACCGGCUAUUCAGGGCACAUGGACACACACUGGCUGAGAUUUUUACACUGAGGGAGGGAAUGUUCCCACGCAUCCCUGACCUGGUGGUGUGGCCUGAUGGACACAAGCAGGUGGAGAAGAUGGUGGAGCUGGCCAGCCGUCACCAGGUAGUUCUCAUCCCCUUUGGUGGAGGCACCAGCGUCUCUGGAGCCCUGCUGUGUCCUGAGGAGGAGGGCAGAAUGAUCAUCUCCCUCGACACCUCGCAGAUGAACAGCAUCUUGUGGGUGGACGAGAAGAACCUGACAGCACGCAUUGAGGCAGGCAUCAUCGGGCAGGACCUGGAGAGGCAACUGCGGGCACGGGGGUACACCUCAGGCCACGAACCGGACUCCUAUGAGUUUUCUAGUCUCGGAGGUUGGGUGGCCACAAGAGCGUCUGGAAUGAAGAAGAAUAUUUAUGGCAACAUCGAAGACUUGGUAGUACAGGUGAAGGUGGUGACGCCCAGGGGAACGGUGGAGAGGUACGCAGCAGGACCUCGGCUGUCUGCGGGUCCUGACAUUCAACACUUUAUCAUGGGGUCUGAAGGGACGUUUGGAGUGGUCACAGAGGUCACCCUGAAGAUCCGCCCGCUGCCGCCAGUGGUGCGCUACGGCUCCAUUGCCUUCCCGGAUUUCAGUGCCGGCGUGAGGUGCAUGAGGGAGGUGGCGCUGCAGAGGUGCCAGCCCGCCUCCAUCAGACUCAUGGACAACCAGCAGUUUAGAUUUGGUCACGCCCUCAAGCCGCCCACGGGUCUGAUGGGGCUGCUGGUGGACGGGCUGAAGAAGGUGUACAUCACACGCAUCAGAGGCUUUGACGUCAACAAGAUGUGUGUGGCCACGCUGCUCUUCGAAGGAUCAGAGCAGGAGGUGACAGCGCAGGAGAACCGUCUGUACAGCAUUGCUCUGAGCAGUGGUGGAGUGCCAGCAGGGGCAGCCAAUGGAGAGAGAGGCUACAUGUUGACCUUUGUGAUUGCCUACAUAAGGGAUCUGGGCUUCGACUAUGGCAUUGUGGCAGAAUCCUUCGAGACCUCAGUGCCUUGGGAUCGCGUCUACUCCCUGUGCCACAACGUCAAACACCGUAUCACCUCAGAGUGCAAGGAGCGAGGCAUCCGUCACAGCUUCGUCACCUGCCGAGUCACGCAGACAUACGACGCCGGUGCUUGUGUCUACUUCUACUUUGCCUUCAACUACCGCGGCCUGUCUGACCCCGUGCAUGUCUACGAGGAGAUUGAGGGCAACGCAAGGAACGAGAUCCUGGCGUGUGGGGGCAGCAUCUCGCACCAUCACGGCGUGGGCAAGGUACGGAGGCAGUGGAUGAACCAGACGGUCUCAGCACCUGGCCUGGGAGCACUGCGGGCCGUCAAGGAGUACUUUGAUCCAGAGAACAUCUUCGCCAAUGGAAACCUGCUGUAGGAAGAUGGUUGAUGCUGCAGGGAGGUGGCAGAAGGCGUGUGUGUGCAGGUGUGUCAGUAUUUCAUCUUCACAGCAGCUUAGAUUUCAGUGUUUCCUUUAAAUCUUCCUGUCAAUUCAGAUUUCAGUGCUUCUUUUAAAUUUUCAUUGUUUCACCUCAAAUCUUCCUGUCAGUUCAGAUUUCAAUAUUUCUCUUACAUUAACUCAGUAUUGUCACUGUAUUUCAUUAUAUUUCAUUCCUAGACUCAACAUGUCACCAGACCUGUCAUGCGUGCCUCUGUUGAUGGCUGCAAAUACAAGGCAGGUGUGUUUUGUAGCACAGGGACUGCCACAUGUAGGCCUGAUGGCUUCCUGCAGCUUUCCUUGUUUUCUUGUGGUAUUAUUUUUACCAGACAGUCUUCACUUGCUGAGGGCUCGUGUUUGUGUGUGUGUGUGCGUGUGUGUGCAGAUGCGAGUGUGUUAUCAGUACAAGAAAAAUAAGUAUGCACAUGUUUCUUUCUUCUCUAUGUUCUUCUUCCCUUUGUGUGUGUGUGUGUGUGUGUGUGUGUGUGUUUUAUCAGUCAGGAGUCACAAAUCUUUACUCUUAAGUCCUUGUCAUUGUACAGUGCUUGGCUACAGUGCACAACCCACCGUGUAGACAGACCAAUAGCUGCCUGUAUAAACGUCUCGACCGCAUACUCUAUAAGUUCAGAGGAAUUUCGCGACUUCUUGAAUGGAAAACGCAAAGAGAUUCAGGCAUUUAGAAUUCCAGAUAAAUUUAUAGAGGAAUUUUUAUUAUUACUUAAGUGAAAAUAUAUGAAAAUUCCAGCAUGUGUGAUUCCAGAUAAGUUCCAGAAAUGCCAUGAACUCUGUAAAGGAUUCCAGUGUUUUUGUGGGACUUGUGGAAUUUAGUUAAAGGAUUCCAGAAGUCUUAAAAGUAGAUAAUGGAGAGGAGUUUGUUUAUUAAGGGAUUCCAGGAUAUAUUUAAGGGAUCCAGUGCUGUGUAUAAGGGAUUGAAGGUCAAUUGUGAAAUUUAUAAAGGAUUCCAGGGUGUUUUAAGGGGUGUUAUUUUUAUUUAUUUAUUUUUAUUAUUCAUUCAUUUAUUUAUUUAUUUAUUUUAUUUCAUUUUAUUUAUUUAUUUUUUAUUUAUUUAUUUUUUUUUUUCGACAUAACCAAAGAGGAUGUUGGGGAUUGUCUUGCGGUGUUUGGAGGGUUGAAUAGACUGGGUGUGUUUAAGUCUAAGUAUUAUCAUCUUGCCUCUGUAAACAUUUGUAAGUUCCUUGUGUGUGUGUGUGUGUGUGUGUGUAUGAUGUGGUUAGGUUUUGUUUAGGUUACUUUUCAAAAUAACUGGUUUUUCCUCUCUCUCUCUCUCUCUCUCUCUCUCUCUCUCUCUCUCUCUCUCUCUCUCUCUCUCUCUCUCUCUCUCUCUCUCUCUCUCUCUCUCUCUCUCUCUCUCUCUCUCUCUCUCUCUCUCUCUCUCUCUCUCUCUCUCUCUCUCUCUCUCUCUCUCUGGUUCAGCUUCAGUUCCUCUCAGUUCAUACAUUUGUGUCAAGAUCCGAGUGUUUCUGUCUCGAGUUUCAUCUCAUCUUGGUUGCUUCGUCUGUUCCUCACUGCUCUGGUUUGUCCCUUGUGUCCCAGGAUGAGACGAGUGUGUGUGUGUGUGUGUGUGUGUGUGUGUGUGUGUGUGUGUAUGUGUGUGUGUGUGUGUGUGUGUUAUCGUAGUGUCUUAUGUUUAUUAUUGCAUAAGAAAACACUAUUCAUGGUCUGCUUUUGGCCAGAUGAGAUUUUUUUCUUGUGUGUGCAUGUGUGUGAGUGUUUGUGUGUUAUACUAUCACAAUGUUAGCCUAAGUUCAUUAAUGCAUUUAGUUAUUAAUAAGUCAACCGCUAAAAAACAAGCCUUUUUCGUGGUGAAGAAAUUAAUUAUUCUUUGGUUGUGAUUCAAUUUAUAUGCAAUUAGUUUUUAUUGAGGUGCAUAUGUGUCUGUGUUAAUGCUAGAAAUGUAAUCUUGUCAUUUAAGCAUUCAGGUGAUAAGUGUGGAUAAGAAAUCGAAGUGUACUAGAACUGUGAACCUAUUUGAAAAGUGUGGAGUUUUAUUCAGUCAGAAUUUAAGUGUGCAUACAAGAUCCAAGUCAUACAUCAGGAGUGUGACCGAUCUAAAAAGUGUGUUUGGGUUUUUCAGUCAGGCAUCGGAAGUUUGGGGUGAUGCGGGGAAGGAACGUACAAGUUUUCAGUGAUAUAGAAAGGAUCUAAGUUUGCAGUUAGGUGUGAGGUGUUUUAAAUAGUGGUUUGAAAGUAUGUAUUACUUUCCUGUUAAGUGUUUAAAGUUGGAAAGGAAAGAAGAGGAGGCUGCAGUAAUAUAAGGAUUUGUUCAGAGUAAUGAUAUGAAAAGGAUCUCUCUUAAGUUUGCAGUCAGGUGUGAGGUGUUUAAACUAGUGGUUUGAAAAUAUGAAUGUGUUUCCUGUUAAGUAAUAGAAGUGAAAGAAAGAAACAGAAGCUACAGUAAUAUUAUAGAGAGUUUGUUCAGAGUAAUGAUUUAAAAGGAUGUAAGUUUGCAUGUAUUUGUGGUUUGAAAAUAUGUAUAAAUUUCCAGUUAUGUAUUGGAAGAAAAAUAAGAUAAUUUUAUAAGAAUUUCUUCAGGAUAAUAUUGAGCAUUUGAAUUUGUGAUUUGAAAGAUAUAUAUUUCCUGUUAAGUAAUGGAACCUAAAAAUAAAUUAAUAAUAAUAAUAAUGUGAAAAUUUCUUCAAGGUAAUGAUUUAAAAGUGUAUAAAUUUCAAGUUUAAUUUUGAAAGUUAAUGAGUCUUAAGAAUAUAAAAAGUUUGUUCAAAGUAAUUUCAAAGUAUUUCUCUAAGUUUGCAAGCAGCUUUCAGAAGUAUGGACUAGAGGUCUAUAAGUACUAUGUGUAAAUUUCCUGUUUAAUUUUUGAACUAAAAGAACAAAGUAUAUGAAGAAUUUGUUGAAGGUAAUGGUUUAAAAGUGGCACCUCUCCAACCCUUCAGUCAGGUGUUGGAAGUGUGGAUUAGUGGCGUAAAAGUUUGUAAACAUUUCCAUUUGACCAGUGGAAGUAAAAACCGAUAAUAUAAGAGUUUGUUAAGUUAUCCAAGUUAUACAAGUCUUCAGCCCAGUAACAAAGGUAUACAUAAGUGGUUUAAGACUAUAUAUUUCCAGUUAAGCAGUGGAAGUAAAAACAAAACAAAAAAAAUAAUAUAUAAGCUUAUUCAAGAUACACAAGAUAUACAAGUUCACACAAGUCUGUGCAAGUUUUCACGUUAUACUUUGGCCAUGGGUGGUGUUUGCGUCGGUCAAAACGUUGCUCUGUCAUGUCAGUUCCGGCACCGUUGUCAGGGCACGAGAUGUGUUGUCAUCCCAAGCAUUGCCGUGGUGAUGCAGUGAACAGUGAAGGUCCAAGACUUGAUUAAAGAGUGUCUGCUU